UUGAUGUAUGUUUUAUAAUUUUACAUGUUUAGAUAUAAAUUUUGAAUAAGAUGAAGGAUAAAUUAAUCAAAACUCAACUGUGGUAUAUAAAAAAAUAUCGAGGAAAUACGUAUUUUAUUAGUGGAGGGGGUUGGGCCGUGACACUGCAACCGCGGCGCCUCAUGCUCUCUCUCCUCGUCCUCCUCGUCCUCCUCGUCGGCGGCUGUGCGGCGGCGGCGUCGUCUGGAGACGGUUGCCGCGCCGGCUGCCCGCUGGCCCUCGCCGCCUACUACUUCUCCGAGUGGUCAAACCUCACCUUCAUCGCCUCCAUCUUCGGCAUCGGCGACUACCAAGAGCUCCUCCCCUACAACCCGGCGAUCACCAACCCGGACUACGUCGUCACCGGCGACCGCGUCUACGUCCCGUUCCCCUGCUCCUGCCUCGCGCUCCCCGCCGUGCCGUCCUCCACCUUCCUCGCCGGCGCCAUCCCCUACCCUCUCUCCCGCGGCGGCGGCGACACCUACGACGCCGUCGCCGCCAUCUACGCCAACCUCACCAACGCCGCGUGGCUGAACGCCACCAGCUCGUACCCGCCGAACAGGAUCCCCCCCGGCGCUGGGAAGUUCAAAGUCGCCGUCAACUGCUCCUGCGGCGACGAGAGGGUCUCGCGGCGCUACGGGCUGUUCCUCACCUACCCGCUCUGGGACGGGGAGACGCUCGCCUCGGCGGCCGCGCGGUAUGGGUUCUCGUCGCCGGAGCAGGUGGAGCUGAUCAGGAGCUACAACCCCCGGAUGGAAGGGGCCUCAGGGAAGGGAAUCGUGUUCAUCCCAGUGAAAGAUCCAAGUGGAAGUUACCACCCUCUGAAAUCAGGGAAUAGCCUUUCUGGUGGAGCAAUAGCAGGAAUCGUGAUAGCUUGUAUUGCUGUUUUUAUUGUGGGAAUAUGGUUGAUUGCCAUAUUUUGUAGGCGGCAAAAGUUCAGGAAGGCCACAUUGCCUCCAUCACCAGAAGAAACCAUCCGCCUUGAUGAUUCUUCCCAAGCUGAGGGCAUCAAGGUUGAGAAAUCCAUAGAGUUCUCAUAUGAAGAGAUUUUCAAUGCAACACAGGGAUUUGCCAUGGAACAUAAAAUUGGGCAAGGUGGUUUUGGUUCAGUGUAUUAUGCUGAGCUUAGAGGCGAGAAAACUGCCAUAAAGAAAAUGGGCAUGCAGGCAACUCAAGAAUUUCUUGCUGAACUGAAGGUCUUGACACAUGUUCAUCACUUAAAUCUGGUGCGCUUGAUUGGUUACUGUGUUGAGAGUUGCUUGUUUCUUGUCUAUGAAUUUAUUGACAAUGGAAACCUAAGUCAGCAUCUGCGAGGGACUGGUCAUGAGCCUCUCUCAUGGGCUACCAGAGUGCAAAUUGCCCUAGAUUCAGCACGCGGUCUUGAGUACCUUCAUGAACAUGUCAUUCCAGUGUAUGUUCAUAGGGAUAUCAAGUCUGCAAACAUCCUAUUAGACAAGGACUUCCGGGCAAAGGUUGCUGAUUUUGGACUAGCAAAACUUACGGAAGUUGGAAGCAUGUCACAGUCACUGCCAACAAGAGUUGCUGGUACAUUUGGUUACAUGCCUCCAGAAUAUGCUCGAUAUGGUGACGUUUCUCCUAAGGUGGAUGUCUAUGCUUUUGGUGUCGUCCUUUAUGAACUUCUUUCAGCCAAAGAAGCCAUUGUAAGAUCAAGUGAAUCUGUUAGCGAUUCAAAAGGCCUGGUUUUUCUGUUUGAGGAGGCUCUCAGUGCUCCAAGCCCCACGGAAGCUCUUGACGAACUGAUGGAUCCAAGCCUGCGAGGGGACUAUCCUGUCGACUCAGCUCUCAAGAUUGCAUUCCUUGCAAAGUCAUGCACAGGCGAGGAGCCCAGGGUGAGGCCUACCAUGAGAUCUGUCGUCGUUGCUCUGAUGGCGCUCACAGAGAACAGUGGGCUUCCUGGCAUGGGCCCUGUCUGAUGACAGGUUAACCGGACCAGUGUAAAAAUUGGAAAAGUGAUAUAUGCAUAGCACAGUGAGUAGGGAUAACUCUGGUACGUGAGGGAAGUAAACAGAAGUUGUAGCAGUGAGUGAACUUGACAUCGUAAUAUAGCCUCGUUUGCUCCUCUGAUUUGGUGUAGAAAUAGAUUGCCUUCAAUCAAUCUGCUGUGUGCUUGCGUGCGUAGAUAAAGUCAUUUGUGGUAUAAAAAAGUAAAAUGGUUUGCAGAAAACGGCAAGAAGGUUGAGAUGGCCGAGUUGGUCUAAGGCGCCAGAUUAAGGUUCUGGUCCGA